AUGUAUGUAUGUAUGUACAUACAUACAUAGGUAUAUAAGCCGAAAGAAUAUAAAUGAAUGCGCUAAAAAUAAUCAUAGUCAUUACUACGAUUUUGUAUUUAUCAAAAAUUGAAUGCUCACCGGAGAGACGGCGGCAUAGCGAUAGUUUCCAAAUAACGACAGUUCCAAAUGAGUUUAUUGUCCAAUUCUAUGGGAAAUACUUUGCAGAUAUUAGAAAAAAUUAUCUGCAAACUAAACUGUCCAGCUUAAAUAUAUCCAAUUGGGCCUGGACAGUUGUAACUAGACAAAAUUUCGGGACAUCAUUUCCAAGCGAUUUUGAUAUUGUGCGUAUUGUUGUGGAGCAGGCCACUUCGACGGCUUCGAUUCUGCAGGCCAUUGAAUCACAUCCCGCUGUUAAGGCUGUGGUUCCCCAAAGAAGUGCAAGGCGGCUUCUAACCAGCUAUGAUAAUGCAACAUGCACAUAUCACAUACGACAGCCCCAUGGAGCUGUGCGCAACAAGAAACCUUCACGGGCCCGGCAGGUGACCUCCAAAUUGCAUGCUGAUGUUCUUUGGAAUCUAGGCAUUACCGGCAAAGGUAUUAAGGUGGCUAUCUUUGAUACGGGCUUGACCAAAAAUCAUCCGCAUUUUCGCAAUGUUAAAGAGCGCACAAAUUGGACAAAUGAAAAGUCAUUAGAUGAUGGCGUCGGGCUUAGUCACGGGACCUUUGUAGCCGGAGUAAUAGCCUCUUCUGAAGAAUGUCUGGGAUUCGCUCCUGACGCCGAGUUACACAUUUACAAGGUGUUUACAAAAUCCCAGGUCUCGUAUACGUCUUGGUUUCUUGAUGCCUUCAAUUAUGCUAUAUAUAGGAAAGUUAAUAUACUAAACCUUAGUAUAGGCGGACCGGAUUUUAUGGACUCACCGUUUGUCGAGAAGGUUCUGGAGCUAUCAGCGAAUAAUAUUAUAAUGAUCUCGUCAGCUGGAAAUGACGGUCCCCUAUACGGCACUCUCAAUAAUCCUGGUGAUCAAGGCGAUGUCAUAGGCGUAGGUGGUAUUAAUUUUGAGAAUAAGAUUGCCAGAUUUAGCUCAAGAGGCAUGACUACAUGGGAACUACCGUUUGGGUAUGGAAGAUUGGGAUUGGAUAUAGUCACAUAUGGCAGUCAAGUGGAAGGCAGUGAUGUUCACAAAGGUUGUCGUCGACUAUCGGGCACAUCGGUAUCGUCUCCAGUUGUUGCUGGAGCUGCUGCAUUACUCUUGAGUGGUGCAAUGCAUAAAAUGCAUUUAAUAAAUCCCGCAUCUCUGAAGCAAAUACUAAUCGAGGGAGCCGAAAAGCUGCCAAAUUAUAAUAUGUUUGAGCAAGGUCAGGGCAAACUUUGUCUAUUGAAGAGUAUGCAAGUUUUGUUAUCGUAUAAGCCAAAAAUUAGUCUUAUACCAGCAUCGCUUGACUUCACAUCAAACUAUAUGUGGCCAUAUAGCAGUCAGCCUUUGUAUUAUGGCAGUUCUGUUGUAAUCGUAAAUGUUACUAUACUCAAUGGUAUAUCACUGACAAGUCGAAUUGUCGAUAGCCCUAAAUGGAUACCAGAUAUUAAUAAUUUUGGUCAAUAUUUAAAUAUAUCGACGGCAACACCUCGCAUUCUUUGGCCAUGGACUGGAUGGAUGACUGUUUAUAUUGCUAUCAAUAAAAAUGGUGAAAACCAUGAAGGCAUAUCCAAAGGAAACGUAAGUUUACUUAUUGAAAGUAUACUCUUGGGAACAAAUGAAACCCAUCUUAGUGAAGUGAAUUUCCCGCUUACUAUAAAAGUCACACCAAAACCGCCAAGGAAUAAACGUGUCUUGUGGGAUCAGUACCAUAGCCUUAGAUAUCCGCCUGGCUAUAUACCGCGAGAUGAUUUAAAAAUCAAAACCGAUCCUCUAGAUUGGAGAGCCGAUCAUAUACAUACAAAUUUUAGAGAUUUAUAUAUACAUUUAAGAAACGUUGGCUAUUACAUCGAUGUUCUACGGGAGCCCUACACUUGCUUCAAUGCGUCGGAGUAUGGAACGCUAUUGAUUAUAGAUCCAGAAGAGGAAUUCUUUAAUGAGGAAAUAUCUACUCUGGAAUCAUAUGUCUAUGAUAAUGGAUUGAGUGUCAUUGUCUUUGCCGAUUGGUAUAACAUUACUGUAAUGAAGAAAAUACGAUUUUUUGACGAGAAUACACGACAAUGGUGGAUACCAGAUACUGGAGGUGCGAAUAUACCAGCCGUGAAUGACCUAUUGCAUCCAUUUGGCAUUGCCCUCGGCGAUUUUGUUGGCGAGGGACACUUUAAGCUUGGCGAUCAUUCAAUGUAUUAUGCCAGUGGAACAACUAUGAUUAAAAUUCCCCAUAAUCCUGAUGACAUUGUAGUGGGAGCUAAUUUAAAUGACCAAGGCGCUUCGAUUAUUACCAACUCGAAAGCUGCGACAAAGGAGUCGAAAGUAUUUUUGCCAAUUCUGGGAUUGUUUCAAACCAAGUCAGAGGAUAGACAGAGAAAUAAACCAGAUAUGGCAUCUAAUCUCAUAGCAGAGAAGACAUAUGGGGUUAAAGUUAAGUCUAAUGCGAGCGAUUCGAAUUCCGCGGGUCGCAUUGCUAUAUAUGGCGACUCGAAUUGUUUGGAUUCAACACAUUUGGAGAAGGCUUGCUACUGGCUCUUGCUCACCUUCUUGGACUUUACCAUGAACUCGCAUAUAUCGGGCCUAUUGAAAACUUUAAAUCACAAACCUGACCUUAAGGAUAAGGAUCAAUUAGAUCUACCUGUUCGUAUACCUGGUAGUAAUUUAGAAAAAUUCUCUAAAGUCCUGAAUGCCAAAAGCAAUGGACUAACUCAGAAAUGCGAACAUUUUGAAUGGUUAAGGGCAGCAUCGGAUGCAGAUUACCAUAAACAUGUACCUGUAAGCACCUGGACAACCAGUGAUACUAAUGAACACCAAAAUAAUUUGAUAAAGGAGAUUGCGAAAACACUUGAUAAUCAGAAGUACAAUAAUAAUACCAAUUUAAAUAUUAAAACAACAAUUAUUUUUCUAAUAAGUCUAAGUUUAAUUAUAAUAGUCUUGUUUGUAAUAUUUGUAAAGAAAUACUAUGUUUCUUCGAAUUUUGGAAAUAAAUCAAUCAAUUGAUUUCCAAAAUAAACC